AUGACGGCCACUGCAACCCUGGCCUCCAUGGACAUGGGGCUUCUGCUGAGAGAUGAUGUUUUUGUCGACUUUUUCAACACGUUUCUGAAUCUACCCGUUUUUGGCCAGACACCCAUUUACAUCAGCAGCACGGGCCGGUGGGACCUCUGGCCAGAGCUGCCGAGCCGCCUGGAUCCCAGCCCCUCGGCUUUACUGGCUUGGCUGGAAAAGCACCGGCUGCCUCACUUCUGCAAAUCCAGCCUGUGCCUCCACCUCGUCCUCUGCCAGAAGCUCCUGGGUUUCAUUCGGUCGGGGGAAGCAGCAAAGCUCCUGAACUGGCAAAGUGCUGACCGGUGGCUGCUGGAGAAGUGCAUCAGCGGGAGCCAGGGCAUGUGGCGCUUUCGGGCCUUCAUCCAAGGAAUGGCAGGGGAAGAACUGACCAACUUCUGGCUCACCACGGAAAGGCUCCUGGGGCUUGACGAGUCGGACGCGAGGCAGAGGGACCUCUACCUGUCCUUGCUCCACAGGCUGAAAGCCACUCACCUGCGUGAAGGCUCCAGCGUCGUCACUCUCUGCAGGACCAUAGCUGGGUUGCUGCCGAAAGCCAGGCACAUUCAGCUGAUCAGCACGAAGAGGGAGAUCCUGAGCAAGAUGCAGGAACGGGCCCUCUUUAUGAUUCAGAGUUACUGGCUCCCUAAAUUCUUCAUCCACUGCAAGAAGGGCAUGGAGGAAGAGAAAUCAUGCUGGCCUCUGCUGCAGGAAUAUCAGGAGCGUUUAUUACGUGCCAACUCGCAGGAGCCCUCAGGCUUUUCGGAGAAUCUCUUCACGAUGCAUAUUAAAAGGAGCCAGGGUUUGUCAGGGCCCUACUGCAGCAUGAAGGCCAAAGUGGAGAUCUGGACUCUGGUCAAGGAGGGAAGAGACACCCAAGAAACAAAGAUGCCCAGUUUUCAGGUGCAACCAGAAAGGCAGCCGGGGCCAGCUGGGAGCACAAAGGAAUCACGUCUGGAUAAGGAUGCUUUGGGAUCCAUUCCUCAGCAGUCAAAGCAUCCUGCAAACACUGCCUUUGGAGGCAAAGGAGGAGCAACCUCUCCCAAAAGACCAAGACCCAAUGCAGAGCAGGUCCUUCAUCUGGAAGACCUGUGUGAAGAGGAAGUCCCCUCUAACCUGCGUUCCUCUGCAUCCCUUGUCCAGCUGCCAUCCCUGAAACAGCCGGUCAAGACCUUGAGUUUCCUUGCCUGGGCCCUCAGUGCUGAGACCUGUGCGGGACGACCCUUCAGGGACUUCUUGAAGCACCAGGACCGGUCCGUGGAGACUCGUCUCCUGGACCUGUGGCAUGACCUGGAGGAAUUUCUGCCCUUGGCGCUGGACCCCAGCAAAGAAAACAGUUUUUUCCUGCGUCAUUUGAUCGGGGAGAAGAUAUGCCAGACCUACCUGGAGGAGGGCACCAUUCAACAGCUUCCCUUGGAGAUGAGGACUCUCAGGAGCUUGCGGGACCAUCUGAUCUCUGGAGAAUUCUCCCCCUGGAUAUUCAGGGCCCAGAAGGAGAUUUGCAAGGUGCUCUGCUGCUUCUACGAGGAAUUUCUGGCUGACGAUGACAGGACGUUCCUCCAGUAUAUGUCUCUGCGGAGUGAUGUCCCAAUGCCCGAGAUGCAAAGCCAUGCUGUUGGGAAAGAUGAAUGUUUCCUCCUGUCCCAGCGGAUAAACGAGUCCUUGAAGCUGAGCCAGGCCUUGCAUGGCACGAGGAACUUGGAAGGUCUCUCCUCCAAGCCCUGGCAAUUAAUUGCCUCUCAGGACCUCCGGAAAGGGGGUUCCAUCCAGGCAGCGGUGGAAUCUCUCCUGUGCAGCACCGACUUCCAGAAGAUGAUGUCAAAUGAGCUGGAUGUUCAGAAACCCUCAUUGGCUGUGGGUAGCCCAAGGAAGGAAAAUGAGCUUCUGUAUCUCAAAAGCCCAUCACUUGCUGUUGAACCCGAGAACAGAAAGAAGAGGACUGAUCCUGUGAGAAAAACCAAAUCAAGCGCGACAAAGUCCACCACUGUUGCAGUAGAGAAGCCAUCUAGAAGACCCAGGCACUUUGUGAAAGUACUGCACAACCCUGCCCACCUGCAGUUCUUCAAGCAGUUCCUCAAGGAGCGCAACGCAGAUGAACCACUGCGUUUCUGGAUGGCCGUGGAGAGGCUAGUCGCAGAGACCAACCCCAAGACGAAGAGCUUCCUCAUUAACAGCAUUGUCAGAAAUUAUUUCCAUGCCGAAAUCCCAGCUGAGGAGCAACUGGACUGCCACACUUCUAUCAUCAAAGAAAUAAAUGAGGCCGAAGCAGUCAGCCCCUUCAUGUUGAUGACAGCACAGAUCUUUGUUCAGAAAGCAAUGGAAAAACGAUGGUUUAAAGAGUACCAGGACCUGUUCCCCCCGAGCGAGACGCAUAAGUCUAACGUUUGUUUGCAGCAUGGGAUGGGGAACUUCAUGACAGACAAGCUGCGGUGGGCCUGGUAUGCCAUUCACGACAUCGUCAGGAGCAUCUGCAAGUUCCGGAGGGAGAUGCACAAUGACAAAUGCCGUGUGGAGUUCGAGGACUUUCUCCGUCGGGAACUAGGAAAUGAGGAGGAAAACUUGCCCGUCAGCUCGAUGCAGAGCAGCAGCACCGUGAGCACCUUCCGCUCCCACACGGCCUCUGCCAGCACCCCACCGGACAAGGAGGUGGUACUAGUGAAACGCCGCCUGUUUAACAGCCAGCUCAUUACCGUCAACUUCCUCGUCGACGACCUCCGCUUCUAUCUGGAGAUCGACAAGUUUUCCAGGCUGGCUGAUUCAGUUGAAGCUCUGGCAGCCCACAACAUGCGGUCAGAAAAGGAAGUUGCUUUUCUCAAAAGGAAAGUUGCCAUCAUCAGCAAACUCUUCCUGAACUCCGAUAUUCCCCCCAAAUUGCGGGUAAACAUCUCUGAAGAGGAGAGAGAUUUAAUCUGGAAUUUAUCUUCCAAGGGGCUACUGAACCGUGUCCUCUACCACAGGGCCAAGGUCAUCAUCUUCCCCAUCCUGAUGCACUUCUGGAGAAGGUUCUGCACCUGGAAGGUGAUGAGGAGCUUUCGGGUCUCCGCAAAGGACAGGGUGCCAAGCUCUUUGCCCAGUACCAAAACCUCCUCUGAAUCAUCUGACAUUUACAGUCCAAGGAUCCAGGUCCUGCUGCCGCAGCCCCAGAAGAAAAUGGAGCCAUUGGAGGAGCGAAAAGAUUCAGAUAAAAGUCUUGAGAAAAGGCUGUCAUUCAGCAAGUCUGCCUCCUGUCCUGCAGAGCAGGUAAGUGGUCACAGAGACAGACAGACCUCUGAGGAAGAACAGACCUCCCAAAACACCGUCCAGGCUGAGCAGGACAGGAGUGUGCUCCAAGGAAGCUGA